AAAAUAAAACAUACUGUUUUUGAAUACAGUCGUACACCGGUAAAGUCCAAGCCUGAAAUUUAAGCGUUCUAGAACACCCAACUACGCGUUCAGUUUGCAUUGAUAACUUUGUUUUCAAAAAAAGUUCUGAAAAAUGCUAAGUAAUGCAAUGAAAAGUUCAUCUCGUUUGGUUUAUUGCAAUGUUAGAAAUUUUACAUCAAGUGGACAGCUGAAUAAGAAAGUUGCUGUUCUUGGAGCAGCUGGUGGUAUUGGUCAACCACUUUCACUUUUGCUUAAACAUUCACCAAUGAUUAGUCAACUGUCUCUUUACGAUCUUGCUCCAUAUACUCCAGGUGUCGCGUGUGACCUCAGUCAUGUUGAAACUUUAAGUGAAGUGAAAGCAUAUCUUGGACCAGAAAAGCUUGAUGAAUGUUUAAAAGGAUGUGAUCUUGUCUUGAUACCAGCAGGCCUCCCUAGAAAGCCAGGAAUGACACGUGAUGAUUUAUUCAAUACCAAUGCAUCUAUUGCAAUGAAGCUAGUUGAUGCAUGUGCAAGAAAUUGCCCCAAUGCAAUCAUUGGUAUAAUAACCAAUCCUGUCAAUUCUACAGUUCCUAUUGCAGCAGAGGUUUAUAAAAAGCAUGGAGUCUUUAAUCCAAAUAAGUUGUUUGGAGUUUCUACACUAGAUGUUGUUCGUGCAAAUACAUUUGUUGCUGAAAAAAAAAAACUUGAUGUUUCUAAGACCAGUGUUCCUGUCAUAGGAGGCCACUCAGGGGUUACUAUUUUACCAUUACUUUCUCAAGUCACUCCAAAGGUUUCAUUUACCAAUGAAGAGGUGAUUGCCCUAACUACCAGAAUUCAAAAUGCUGGUACUGAAGUAGUUGAGGCUAAAGCUGGCGCUGGUUCUGCUACUUUAUCUAUGGCUUAUGCUGGUGCUCGUUUUGCUUUUUCUAUUCUUGAAGCAAUGAAUGGUGCAAAGGGUGUGGUAGAAUGUGCUUAUGUUGCAUCCACUGUUACAGAAGCUUCCUUCUUUGCUACUCCAUUAUUGCUUGGUCCCGAGGGUGCUGAAAAAAAUUUAGGUAUUGGUGAAAUUUCAGAGUUUGAGCAAAAGAAAUUAGUUGAGCUUUUGCCAGAACUGAAAAAAGAUAUUGCAAAGGGUGUCCAGUUUGCAAAAGCUAACCUUUAAAAUUGGUUUGGUUACAUUGAGUGGUGAUAUAAUUUAUAAUAUUUAAAGUGUUUAAAAUCUUUUAAAAAAACUUUUUUUGUAAGAAGUUUUCUGUAGAAAAAAUAUUUUUAAAAUGUAUUUUUUGAAAUUAUUUUUCAAAUAAACAAAAUCAAUAAAUUUAA